GCGUUCCACAGGGAAGGUGCCACUACCGAGAAGGCCCUCUGCCUGAUUCCCUGUAACUUGCCAAGCUUUCUUUUUCUAAUUAAAAUAGCAUUUUCUUAACUGUUUCGUAUCCGUCUGCAAGAAACGGCAAGAUUGCAAGAAUUUCAGGACGUCCUUCACUGUGUGUGUGUGUGUGUGUGUGUGUGUUUAUUUACGUCCCUGCUCUUACACGCGCCCCGUGACUUGCUCAGACGUACCCGGGUGGUUUCUUAGAAAUCACCGGCUUGCAUCUUCGACCCGGGAAGUAGCCAGCAGGAGGCAGAAAAGCGUCACAGACGGAGGUAAAGUUGUAAAUAGGAACUGUUAAGAAACAGCAGAGCGCGCGAGCACGCAAGGAUCCCCCAGAGAGACACCCAUGCAGCCCGAGAUGUCCCGGUUCUUGCCCGGAUUCUAGUGGCCGCGAGUUCCCCGGGCUUCUUGGAGGGAAUUGUGCAACGCGAAGCUGCUGAUGGGUCUGCGCCGGUGGCCCGUCGGGCUGCUGCUGCUGCCGCUGCUGCUGGGAUCUGCUUCCUUCCUGCUGGGGGGCUGCGCAGGCUCCUCCUCGCACUCCUUGCACUAUUUCUACACGAGGGUGUCUGAGCCUGGCCAGGGGCUUCCCCAGUUCACUGCUCAGGGGUCCAUUAAUGACCAUAUCUUCAUUCAGUACGACAGUGACAGGAAAAGAGCCCUUCCUCAGGCGCCCUGGGUCCAGAAGGUGGGGCAGGACUACCCCCAUUACUGGGACAAUAUGACCCAGAUCUUUCGGGAUGCUGAGGAAGUCUUCCGGGUCAUUCUGGAGAGUGUGCAGCGUGACCACAAGCAGAGCACAGGCCUGCACACCUGGCAGGUCAGGUACGGCUGCGAGUUGAGCCAAGAGGGGCACCAAGGAGCGUAUGAGCAGGAAGCCUACGAUGGGAUGCUCUACCCCGACCUUGACCUGGAGUCUCUCUCCUGGAUGGCAGUCGAGAGAGGAGCCCAGGUGAGCCAGACUGGAAACCAGACGGUCUCUGUGAUGGCUUACAUGGGGAAGGAGGAUUGCAUUGCGUGGCUGCAGAGAUACCUGGACUACGGGAAGGAGGCUCUGCUGAGGACAGAGCCUCCCGUCGUGAAGGUGACAAGUAAGGAGGACUCCAAAGGCCCGGCCACCCUCGUCUGCCGAGUUUACGGCUUCUACCCAAAGGAGAUCAAUGCCUACUGGAGGAAAGACGGAGAGGCCUGGGUGCAGGAUACCUUCCGCAAAGUUGCCGCCCCCAAUUCGGACGGGACCUACCAUGCCGUGCUCGGUGUUAAAACCAGCCCCAAGGAGAGGAAACAUUUCCAGUGCCACGUGGAGCACGAAGCCCUGCCCAAACACCUGGAUGUGGCCUGGCAGGAGCCUGGGGCCUCUUCCUCCCACUCCAUGCGCAAUUUUUACACUGGGGUGUCAGAGUCCGGCCAGGGGCUGCCCUGGUUCGUUGCUGUGGGCUACUUAGAUGACCAGCCCAUCUACUACUACGACAGCGAUACCCGGAGGGAAGAGCCUGCGGUGCCCUGGAUGGAGAAAGUAGAGGAGGAUUAUCCCAAGUUCUGGGACAGGCAGACGCAGAUCUUGCAUGGCUGGGAGCAGACGUUCAGAGCGAACGUGGAGAUUGUAAGCAACCUUUACAACCAGAGCAAGGGGUUUCACACCUGGCAAGCCAUGUACGGCUGCGAGCUGAGGCAGGACGGGCACGUAAGUGGGUAUUCCCAAUUUGGCUACGACGGGAGGGACUUUGUCACCUUCGACAAGGAGACCCUCACCUGGACGGCAGCUGACACAGCAGCCCAGGUGACCAAGAGGAGGUGGGAUGCCGACUUGGCUGCCAACCAGCGCAGGAAGCACUUCCUGGAGGAGAUUUGCAUCGAGUACCUGCGGAAAUACCUGAACUACGGGAAGGAAGUUCUGCUCAGGACUGAGGCUCCGGUGGUGAAGGUGACCAGGAAGGCAGACUAUGACGGCCUGGAGACCCUCGUUUGCCAAAUCUAUGGCUUCUACCCCAAGGAGAUUGAUGCCAACUGGGUGAAGGAUGGGGAGGUCUGGCAGGAGGGCACCCUCCGAGGAUUGGUCGCCCCCAACUCGGACGGGACCUACUAUCUCUUCCUCAGUGUCAAGAUCGACUCUGAGGAGAGGGAGCGCUUCCGGUGCCGUGUGGAGCAUGACAGCCUGGAGAAGCCUCUGGACGUGGCCUGGGAGGAGCCAGCAUCCAACAUGGGACUUGUUAUUGGGUGCAUCUUGUUAGCUGUCCUGCUGGCAGCGGCUGGAAUUGCUGGGAUCUUGGUGUGCAUCAAGAAAAGGAAAGACGGAUACAGAGCAGCAUCAGGUGACCCUGGAGAGGGUGGGGUCAUCCCAUGCGUGGACCUCGAGGAUGCGGAGCAAUCCUGAUCUUGCCUUGUCAUGAUUCCCCAGCCGGGGCGGACACGGGAGAGUUGCCUGUGGCCCAAUGAUGAUUGCUUGCUGAUGCGGUUUUGAGGAUUUGCCUCGUAUGGCGAGAGUGUCAGUUUGCAUUUCUUUGUACAGAAAGUAUUGAUCUGAUGUGUAGAGAUCUUUCCUGUUCUGCUUAAUCCAAGAGGGUUCUGGAAGGUUUC